GCUCGCCCGGCCUGCCCUGAGCCGCGCCGCCGCCGCCGAGUUUUGUGACAGAAGGGCCUGGGAGCUCCCUCCACUGGUGCUGUGGGACGCUUCAGCCAAUCCAAUGCACCCUGACAACAAACUGCCCAGCCAUGGCAAGGCAGGCAGCAGCGGUGCCCCGGCCCAGCACCACAACGUGAGCCAAGCACCCACCUGCAACCUGGGCUCAAAGGGUGUGGGUGCAGGCAGCCAUGGCGGCAAGGCCACCCAGAUCUCCCCUGGCAACUCUGGACUGAAAAACAGCCAGAACACUGUCCCAAACUUCAGCUCCUUGAAAGGCAAGGUGAAACGGGAACGGAGCAUCUCAGUGGACUCUGGAGAGCAGAGAGAAGCUGGCACCCCGUCGCUGGACACAGAAUCGAAAGGAGAGGUGGCUCCCCGCAGCAAGCGGCGGUGCGUGCUGGAAAGGAAGCAGCCGUACAGUGGGGACGAAUGGUGCUCUGGGCCAGACAGCGAGGAAGACGACAAACCCAUCAGCAGUGCACACAAUUGUAAUGUAGCAGAUCCUGCAAUGUCCACGGCCUCGCAGCUUGGCCCAGGGUCCAACCCGCUGCCAAACCUGAAUGAGACCAGUUCUUCCAGCACACCUCAUGGUACUGCCCCAGGCUUACGGUCGGAUGGUGCGGGAGGUGGAGGUGGUGGAACAGGAAAGCAGCCUUCUCAGUUCGUCUACGUCUUUACAACGCACCUUGCUAACACAGCUGCGGAAGCUGUCUUGCAGGGCCGAGCUGACUCCAUUCUGGCCUAUCAUCAGCAAAACGUCCCACGGGCAAAGCUAGACCAGGCGCCAGCUCCUAAAGUGCUGGGAGUUGCUGAGCAGGUUCCGAUUAACCCUCCUUCUGCCAACACUCCCCAGUCUCAGCCACCAGCACCUCAAGCAAGUCAGCCACAGCCGCAGCCUCCUGCACCGCAGCCGCCUCCUCCACCUCAGGCCAUCAGUCAGACAGCCCUACCUGCACCCAACAGCCUGCCCCAGGAGGGCACAAGUGAAGAUGUCCGAAGAGAACUGACUCCCAACUCUCUAGGAAACAACAGCGGCAGCAACCAGCCUGGAAGUAACCACCCCAAUACACCCACUGCAUCUACCACCACCAUGCAGCCUGGGCAAGUGGACUCUGCCACGUCCAGCUCCAACCUCCUUGGGGAGGGCCCUGGCUCAGGGAUGCAGGGGAAUGGGCAGGCAGGUCUGGGCUCCAGGAACUCUAUGAACUCGGAAGGGCUCUCGAAGGAGCAGCUGGAGCACCGAGAGCGCUCUCUGCAGACCCUGCGGGACAUUGAGCGUCUGCUGCUGCGCAGCGGGGAGGCUGAGCCGUUCAUGAAGUCCAGCCAAAGCACUGGUGAGGGUGGGACUGCCCCUCAGCCACAGGCUGCCCCUGCCCAGCCCCCCGCACCCCCUGCCGGCAUGAAGAAGUACGAAGAGCCUCUGCAGUCCAUGAUUUCCCAGACCCAGAGCCUCGGUGGCCCCAGCCUGGAACACGAGGUGCCCCACCACCCUGGCACUGACAUGGGGCAGCAGAUGAACAUGAUGAUGCAGCGGCUGAACCAGGACAGCCUGACGCCAGAGCAAGUGGCCUGGAGGAAGUUGCAGGAAGAGUAUUAUGAGGAGAAGCGCCGGAAAGAGGAGCAGAUCAGCAUCCAUGGCCGACCCAUGCAGGAAAUCAUGAUUCCACAAUCUAUGGGCAGCAUGAUGAUGCGUGGCCCCCCCCCACCCUACCACAGUAAGCCUGGGGAGCAGUGGCCGCCAGGCAUGGGCAGCCAGCUGCGGGGACCCAUGGACCUGCAGGACCCUAUGCAGCUAAGAGGAGGGCCACCCUUCCCAGGGCCACGAUUCCCUGGAAAUCAAAUACAGAGGGUCUCUGGCUUUGGAGGGAUGCAGAACAUGCCCUUGGAUGCUCUUGGUCCCAUGAAUGCCAUGCAGAGGCCGGUCAGGCCUGGCAUGGGGUGGAGUGAUGAUCUGCCUCCGAUGGGAGGUCCCGGGAACUUCCCACAGGGCUCCCUGCCUUACCCAUCGGGGCAGGGGGACCCUGAAAGGUUCAUGAAUCCACGUGCCAGGGAGGAGAUUCUGCGGCACCAGCUGAUGGAGAAACGCCCAGUGGCAAUGCAGAGGCCCAUGGGGAUGUCCAGCAACUCCAUGAGCCAGGGUAUGGAAAUGGAGAGGAUGAUACAGGCUCACAGACAGAUGGAUCCAUCCAUGUUUGCUGGGCAGAUAGCAGGGGACAACCUCAGCAGCAACCCAAUGGGAAUGGAUUUUGCAGGAACUCGUGGGAUACUGAGUCCCCCUAUGAGCCAGUCAGGCCUUCGGGACAUGGACGCACCCAUGGGCCCUGGCAACCUCAACAUGAACAUGAAUGUCAAUAUGAACAUGAACAUGAACCUCAAUGUGCAGAUGACCCCCCAGCAGCAGAUGAUGAUGUCGCAGAAGAUGAGGGGCCCUGACAUGAUAGCCCAUCAGGGUAUGAGCCCUGAGGAGCUGGCCAGGGCAAGGGCUCAGAAUGGCAAUGGCAGUGCAGUGCUGGGGGGACCGCAGAAAAUGAUGAUUCCCUCCCAGUUCCCCAGCCAAGGACAACAAGGUUUCUCAAGCGGGCAAGGACCUUACCCCAACAUGCCUCAGGAGAUGGGCAAUGCCUCAGACAUGUUCAGCCCUGAGCAGGGCGCCAUGCCUGUUGGAAGCAUCAGUGGUACCACCAGACUCAGCCACAUCCCCCUGCCCCCAGCCUCCAAUCCCGCUCCUGCACAAGGGGGAAACCUGGCCAAUAUGCACCCAGCACCUUCCCGUGGCUUGGGCCGCCGACCCUCCGACCUCACCAUCAACAUCAGCCAGAUGAACUCCCCCAGCAUGGGUCACCUCAAGUCCCCCACCCUCAGCCAGGUGCACUCCCCACUGGUCACUUCGCCCUCUGCCAACCUCAAGUCCCCGCAGACGCCAUCGCAGAUGGUCAGCAUGCCGCCUUCUAACCAGUCUGGGCCCCUUAAGUCUCCCCAGGUGAUGAGCUCCUCACUUAACGUCCGCUCUCCAACUGGCUCACCAAGCCGCCUCAAGUCCCCUUCUAUGGCUGUUCCUUCCCCGGGUUGGGUGCCAUCUCCCAAACCCACAAUGCCCAGCCCAGGAGUCAACCAGAGCAAGCAGACACUCAGCAUGAACUCCUCCACGUCCAUGGCAGGACUGGAUCAGGGUUCUCUCCCUUCUGGGCCCAGGAGUAGUUCUUCUGCACCAGCCAGCAACCAACCAGCCUCUAGCACCAUGAACCCCAACAUGCCUUUUACUUCCUCUCCAGAUCCAUCCCCCUCCCAGAACCCCCUUUCUCUGAUGAUGUCUCAGAUGUCCAAGUACGCCAUGCCCAGCUCCACACCACUCUACCACAAUGCCAUCAAAACCAUUGCCACCUCUGACGACGAGCUGCUGCCAGACAGGCCUAUGCUUCCACCUGGAAGUAUGGCAGGUGUGACAGGGAAUCAAACGAAUCAGCUGCACUUAAACUCCGUGGGACCUGGAUCCUCCCAGAGCCCCAUGGGAAUCAACCUGCCUGGUCAGCAGCCUCUUUCCCACGAACCACCCCCUACUUCUAUGAUGUCCUCCCCAAACCCGCUAGGCUCCAACAUUCCUAUGCACCCGAGUGCGCCGGGGCCGGGGGUGCCCCCCCAGAACCCCAUGAUGCUGCCCCCAGGGCCCCAGGACUCGCUGAACCAGCAGUGCGGCCCCGUGCCCAACAGUUCACAGAUGAUUCCUUCCAACCAGCUCGUGUUCCCCCGCAUGCAGCAACCCCACAACGCCAUGCAGUCUCCUGCAGGAAGCAUGCCCAUGGCCCCUGGUGGGGCAGGUGGCCCUGGCAUGCAGCAGCAUUUCCCACCGGGAAUGUCACUGCCACCCGAGGACCUUCCUACCCAGCAGCCCGGCCAGAUGCCUCCUCAGCAGCACAUGAUGGGCAAGAACAUCCCUCCUCGGAUCGGCGAGCCCUACCCAGCCGUGCUCCCCGGGGUGGCAUCGGUACUGAACGAUCCUGAGCUCAGUGAGGUCAUCCGGCCCACGCCCACAGGCAUCCCCGAGUUUGACCUCUCCAGGAUCAUCCCAUCAGAAAAGCCAAGCAGCACCUUGCAGUAUUUCCCCAAGAGUGACAGCCAAGCACCCAAAUCGCAGCCUUCCAACCUCCACCUCAUGAACCUGCAGAACAUGAUGGCCGAUCAGCCCCCCGUGAGGCCAGGUAUGAAUGCCCCCAGCCUUCCGGGGCAGCAGGGCGUGCAGAGGGGACUUGGCAUGCCCAUGUGCCAUCCUGGACAAGUGCCCAUGCUGGGCAGGACAGGCAUACCGCCCCAGCAAGGCAUGAUGGGCAACAGCAUGCAUCAGGGCAUGAUGUCUCCGCAGCAGAGCCUGAUGGCCCAGCAGAAUUUCAUGCUGAUGCAGGCCAAGCAGAGAAGCAUGUCUGUGUCGGGGGAGAUGUAUGCCCAGACAGGACACAUCAUGUCACCUCAGGGCUCUCUCAUGGGACCCCCACCGCAGCAGAACCUAAUGGUCACGCACCAGAUGAGGCAGAGGAGCGUCUCCCUGGACAGCCAAAUGAGUUACAUCCCCGGGCCGGGGAACAUGGCUAACCUGCCUUUCUAAAGCAUGGGCCUGAUUGUACAGAUGUUUUUAAACCUUUCGUUGGGGGCGGGUUGGGGGCCGACGCCAGAGGAGGACACCAAGUGGGAUGCUUUUCAUAUCGGAUUUGCCUCUAUACAGAAAACCAGAUGUGCAGUAAACUUGAUGUGAAUUGGGUUUGGUUUUGUUUUUGUUUUUGUUUUUUUCUUUUUUCCUUUCUUUUUUGGGGGGAAGGAGAGGGUGGAGGGACUGGGAGUGGGGCUGUUAAUUUUGAACCCUGUGUGGUGGCCGGGGACUUCCAGACCCUGUGGCAGUUUAUUAUUUUCCUCCUUCAAAUGUUUUUCUUUCCUUGUUUUUGUUUAGUUCUUUGUUUGUUUGUUUUGUCAUUUUGUUUCCUUCUCUCUCCCUUUUUUUCCUUUUAAGCAACCAAACUGUGUAAGAGGGUUUUGGGAACUAGCUGUAAAUAGGUCGCUGAGAAAGGCAAAACUUGUGCUGGUUUUUAAUUGUUCUGUAUUUCUGUGUUUUAAUAGAAGCCUCAAAACAUGUUUAAGAAAAAAAAAAAAAAAAAGAAAAAAAAUGCUAAAGGCAACAGUGUACAAGGAUUGAAAGCUUUCCUUGGUGGGCCAGGAGGAUCCUCCAGGGUGUGCAGGGCGUUGGGAGAUCCCAUCGUAGAGCGACUCUUGGUGUUGCAGUGAUUUGCUCGUGCAGUGUGUUCGGCUCCAUGCAGAUCUCAGGCCCCUGUGGAGGCUGAGCUGGGCACGAGAACACAGCCGGUGGCUGAGGACCGUUGGGCAGGUCAGAGCUGUGGCCCCGGCCACUGGAACAGUGCUCACUUGGCUGCAGCUCCUUAGGAUGCAGCUGUCACUGCUGCUUUGGCCAUGAAAGGGAGGAUGCCAGCCAGCUGACACAGGCAGCAAUGAUCCAGGCUCUGUUGGUAAUCACAUGCUGGGCCUGAAGGUCUCCAUCAGCUGUGUUGUCUCUGGGCCUUCCCUUUCCCUUCAGUGCAGGGCGGUGUGUAGGGAUGGAGAGACUCUGAGCUGAGCUGGAACUUUCAUUCUUGUGCUUCCAGGAGGGGCUAGCUGGAACCCUGCUCUUUUGCAGCCUUUUUACACCAGUCCUUUACCACCCAUCACCCUCCAUGACCAUGCCACAUCCCCUCUCCCUCUGCUGUCAGUUGGUCUCCCAGGUCUUCCUUCCUCACACUGCCCUCCUCCAGGCUUUCACAGGGGUCUCCUGCUCCUCCUUGCCCUGAGCUCUCUGCAGCAGCCCUGUCCUGCUGCACUGGGAGGCACUGCUGUUGAAGAUCAUAGAACGGCUCAGGUUGGAGGGGAACUCAAAGCCGUGGGCAGGGCUGCCCCCCAGCAGCUCAGCCUGCCCAGGGCGCCAUCCCACCUGGCCUUGAGUGCCUGCAGGGUGCUGUCCCUGUGUGCAAUGCUGCACUUCUGAAUCAGAGCUGUGUUGUGCGAUGCCAGCUGCGUGCCACGAGCCGUCCACAGGCUGCCCUAAGUUUCUGAUAGAAGAGGCUGAGGUUCUUAUUCCCAGGCUCUGGUGGAAGCUGUUUGAACAACUCAGGCUUUUCUGGAUGUGCUUCACCCUUCCCAUCCUCCAUUUUGUAAGGUCUUCCUGCACGCAGCACUGGUGUUCUUUCCUGUGUUUGUUCUCUGAAGGGGCUGUAGGAUUAAGCUUGUGCCCUUCUGCACUCAUGGGGUCUCUGGAUCUCUGCAGGACCCCAUUCCAGCAUGGUGUACCCCAUGGGUAUCCCACUGUGAACUCAGGGCAUUUGAUUGCCACAUGAACACCAGUUGGAGGAUUAUCUCUGCAAAGCCAGACUUUGCUUACUACCUCUCUUGUAGCAGCGCUCACUUUUCCCUGUUAGAUACCACAGAAGAAAAGGGAGAUUGUCAAGUAGGGAGGGAAUGGCAGAACUUCGUGUCAUCUUGCAAGCUGCUAGAAAAAGCUGUUCGAUGCUGAAAUGUCAACCUGUGGCUGUGUUGAUCAGAUCUGUAACGAGAUGUAGCCACAUAAUCUAAUCUAAUGAGGAAUACCUUGAGCCAAUGGGAUAUUUUGUAGAAAGCAGUACGAGGGUGGAAGUGCAGCUCUGGAUUUCAGAAAGGACUUCACUCUGCUCUCAUGCUUUGUGCUGUUUGCAAUCUGACUGAGCAUCAUUUUAAAGGAACAAAGUGCUCACCCCUGCCUUGGCAUUUAGAGCAGAGAGGAAUAGGGCUAACUUAACCCAGGGCUAAGUCAGCGUGCUUUGGACCUGAUGUUGUAGCUGUUUGAGUUCUCCAUCCUUUCAGGGUGUGCAUUUCAGCAUUUCACGUGGGAGGAUGUGGCUUGAACGUAUGCAGCUUUUUCUCAACUUGAGUGGCCUGAAUGGCUGUGGCUUCUCUUCGCUGCACCUCGGGGUGUUGGCUGCCAGUAUUUGCUUGUAGACAUCCAAACGCCACUGCCAGCCCCCUGCCCUGCUCAUCACCCACCAGCUAGUCUCAGUUAAUUUUAAGCCAUACUCUGUUCUGUUCAAGGAAAGUUUUUGUUGGUCUGUUCUGUUGGCCCCGUUGAGAUCUCUGCCCGCCGGUACGUUCCCUGCAGACCCUGGGCAGCCUGACAGCAGGAGGGAGACCUGUCCUCCAGUGAUAACUAAGAAGUAAAGCCUUUCAACUCAGCAGGCCUGUAUACAAAAGGGAAAUCCUGGCAUUCUUUCAGAGCUGCGGACUUGCAGAGCAGCAGUCAGGGCUCUUCUGCAAAAUCGUGCUGCCCUAAAGCCAGCCCUACCCUGACUGCUGUGAUGGGUGAACUGUGGGGAGAGGAGGUGCUGUGGAGCACCUCUGCCUGGACGUUGCUCCCAGCUGUGCCCGAGAGCAGCACUGACCCUGUCAGGCCGGGGCAGAUUGCCUUCAGCUGGUUGCCCGCUGCUGUGAGCUGUGUCUGUUCUCAUGUCUCGUAGUUUGUUGCUCAGCAUCUCAGCUUGAGUUCUGUGUACUGACUCCACCUAAUCACAGCAAAAGGUUUGCCCAUGUUUUAACCAUGACGUUGCAAUGUUUUUUCAGCUCCAAAAAGUAAUCAUUGGGAAACAGCAUUUUUCAGUCCAAUAAUCAAGCACCUGGAAUUAGCUUUCACAUUGAGGUAAUGGUGACUGACCUGUUCUCUAUCAUCCCAUGGAGAAACUUCCCCAGUCAUUUUGUACCAUUAUAUAAAUAUAUAUAUAAAUAUAAAUAUAUAAAUACAAUAUGUGAAGACAUCUUAUUGGUUUUUAUUUGAAACAAUUUUUAGGCUUGUUUUUGGGUAUCUGUGCUGCCUGUAAUGUAUUGACCUGUUUUAUAGGUGCCUUUUUAUUAAAAAGACAAAUUUCAAAACCUGA